AUUCAAACCAUAUUAUAUAUGAGUGAAAUCGAAUCAUCGAAAUGCACAGUGUUCCUUAUUGGCUAUUUUACCAAUGUCCUAUUUUUAACUUGAGCAUUAAAUUGCAAUUACGAAAGACACGACAUUGUUUGUUUUUAAGCGAAUAAUGAAAUAAGUAGUUUUUUUGUUUUCCCGAUUUUGAAUUCCCAUUUGAGUAUGAAGUGAACGAAUGAUACACGGAUUCACAAGGGAUAAUUGGAUUGGGAUCUGUUUCGUUUCCUCGUGUACCUUUAGUUUCAGUUUCGUUUCUGCGCUAUUAAAGCCUCCUUGAUCUCGGAGGAGUCCGUCAGUCAGAGUUUAAUCCUCUUCUUCAUCGUGUGCUGAAUCUCUGUAGAAAUGUACGAGCAGGAAAAGGAGAAUUUACGACGCUCGAGUGAAUAUAUCACUAAGAUUGUGCGACCGUCAAUUAUCAAAUCCUUCAUGACGGAAUACCUGGAUAAAGAGGUCGUGGAAAAUAUUAUCUCAAUAGAGCUGACAUCGUCUGUGACCACAGCAGCUCAAAUAAUGUUGGACAAAAUGUGCGAGUUAGAGGAAGUGGGCUGGUUUCAGGCCUUUCUGGACAUCCUACAUGCCUCAGACUAUACUGGUCUUUAUGCCGCCAUUAAGGAGUGGAACUUCCGUGAGUUAGAAGAGCUGCAGGAACACAAAAAGCUUCUGGAGAAGAUCGAACCAUCCAUCACUAAACACAUGAAGCCUGGCGAACUGCUCGCCCACAUGAGCGACUGUCUGAACAUGAGAGAAUGUGAGGAGAUCCAGCGGUGAGUGGAAAAAAUGCGCGGUCCGAUAGCUGCCAGUGAGAAACUGGUGGAGUGUCUUGUGCGUUCUGAUAAACCCAAUUGGUUUAAGGUGCUGAAGCUCGCUCUGGACGCAUGCAGAUUAGAACCGGCAUUAGAACUGCUGGAAUUCAAUGGAGGUGGUACGGUUGUGAAGGACGCUGCAUGUGAUGGAGAUUCAGAAAUGAUGUCAGUGUGUUUUGAGUACAGAGAGGAUGGUGAGAGUAAAGAUAAUCUGAGCGCUAACAACAUCAGUUCCACAGAGAUGCCAAUUGUGUCAACAGGGAUCAGUGAAGGUGAGCGUUCAGGUGAGAAGAAGCUCAGAGAGUAUCAGAAGGAACUGACCACCGAUGCUGUUGAAGGACGCAACACCAUCAUCUGCGCUCCUACAGGAUGUGGGAAAACUAUUGUUGCCUUGGCGAUCUGUGAAAAUCACCUGCAGAAGUUCCCUGGCAGGGCAAAGGUCGUGUUCAUGGCAACCAAGGUUGAUGUCUAUGAACAGCAGUACAAACUUUUCAAGGAACACUUUUCCUGCAAGGACCCCAGUAUCAGGGUGAUGGGUAUUUGUGGUGAUAUGGAGAGUCAGUCUGUGCUCUGGCUCCUGGACAAUCAUGAUAUUGUGGUGAUGACGGCUCAGAUUCUGGUGAACGCUCUUAAUAGCGGCGAGGUGGCGUCUCUCGAGCUGCUGUCACUCAUUCUGCUGGAUGAGUGUCAUAACACGACCGGAAAACACCCAUAUAACAACAUCAUGACCCGUUACCUGGAUACCAAACUCACCACCAACACACACUCACUGCCACAGAUUGUGGGUCUGACAGCGUCGGUUGGCAUCGGUUCAUUCAAGAAUCUGCUGGAGGCAGAAAACAAUAUCUUACAGCUGUGUGCUAACCUGGAUGCCAGGGUCAUCACCACGGUUACCCAUCACCUGGACGAGCUCCGGACAUAUGUGCACACACCUCAGAAAGAGUUCUUUGAGGUUCCUCAGCGCACCUCUGAUCCCUUCAUCAGGAUAAUCUGCCACAUCAUGAGUAACAUCGAACAGCUCGCACAGACGGUCUACAAUAUCGAGAGCCUGUCUCACAUUCAGAACCGUGAGUAUGGAUCUCAGAAGUACGAGCAGUGGAUCGUGUCCGUUCAGAAACGCUGCAGAGUUCUUCAGAUGAGCAAUGAAGAGGAGGAGAGGAGGAUCUGCAGAGCGCUGUACAACUACACUGAACACCUGAGGAAAUAUAACGAUGCUCUGAUAAUUAACGAGGACGCUCGGACUAAAGAUGCGCUGGAUUAUCUGGACGCCUUUGUUGAGCAGGUCCGAAACGCCGGCUACGAUGAGACUGAGAGGAACGUCACCGCCUUAUAUGACUGUCAGCGGCCGCAGUUGCUGCUUCUGGCCAAUGAGGGGCAGCAGAACCCUAAACUACAGGAGCUCAAGUUCAUUCUGGAUGAAGAGUAUCACAACAACGACCAGACACGCACGGUUCUGUUCGUCAGGACGCGAGCCCUCGCCGAUGCCAUGAAGAAAUGGAUUGAAGACACGGAUUCCCUGAAGUUCCUGAAACCCGGAGUUCUAAUCGGAAAAGGACGAAAAUCAAACUCUGGAAUGACUGUGACCAGUCAGAAAGGAGUUCUGGACUCGUUUAAGAGCACUGAUCAGAGUAAGAUACUGAUCGCCACAUCUGUCGCUGAUGAAGGCAUCGAUAUCCCACAAUGCAACCUGGUGCUCAUGUACGAGUAUGUGGGGAAUGUGGUGAAGAUGGUGCAAGUUAGAGGUCGUGGUCGUGCACAGGGCAGUCGUUGUUUCCUGAUCUCCAGCAGUGCUGAGCGCAUUGAGAAAGAGCGCAUGAACGUGUUUAAGGAGAAAAUCGUGGAAUCUGCCAUCACCAAACUACAGAUUCACCCUGAAGACAUUUGUAACAAGGUGGACGUGAUACAGCGGGAAGAUAAGGCCAGGAGGGAUCUUAUUAGUGCGAGUCCUGAUAAACCCAAAACUCAGGCCAGCUACCAGCUGCUCUGCGCCAAGUGCAAGAGGUUUGCGGCUUUGAGCGAUGACCUUCGAGUCUUGCAGAAGUCUCAUCACAUCAUUCUGGAUAAUUCUAUCUUCAAACGCUGCAUCACAAUACCCCAUAAAAACCCCAAAAGCUUUGAUGGCAUCAGUAAGAAAGAGAAGAUGCUGUGUGCUGAGUGCAGACACGACUGGGGCAUCAUCGCCUCCUACUUCACCAUACAGGAUCUGCCGGUGUUGAAGAUCGAGAGUUUCGUGUUGAAGGAUCGCGUCACCCAAAGGCAGCUGUACUUCAGGAAGUGGCGUGACGUGACGUUCGCCAUGCGCGAGUUUGACAUGACGGAGAUCACGCCUGAAACAUGGCCACUGAGAGAAUGAGGACGACGAACUGAAGCACACGCAGACACGAGCUGUCCUUUAUUUGUUGUUACUUGUUGCGCUUCAGAUAAAUCACUAGACGAAAUGUUUCCCAGGUCAGAGGUCACUUUUAUUGUUGUACACAUUGAACAUGGAGAAUGUAAUAAUAUGAAUGGAUUAUUGAUUAGUUAUGACUGUAUUUGUGUACAUUUCCUGUCAAUAAAGUUAAUAAAGCCUUUUUGGGGCGUUAUGUUUCUAAAGAGAAUAAUCGUAUUACAGUGAUGAUUAUGGAUGCAAUGAGAAUAAUGAAAUAUACAAACAACUUUAUUUUGGGAUGAUUUAUGACCUGGGGGUGUUUUUGUGGGAUGCGGUCGUGAUUGUCCUGAUGGAUGAUUUGCCCCACGAGGUGGAAAAUACUUUAAUUACAACUAUUAAUCGCAGCCUGUGGUGUAAUAACACGUUAUGUUCACGCGGCACGGGCGCUCUUACUAGUUGAGUGGAUUUUGGACAGAUUUACAGGC